UAGAAACAAGAGGUUUCGGAGUUGUGACAUUCCUGCUUGAUACAAUGGGAUGCGGUUCAUCUCAGUCCAUCGGCGCUGUCCCCUCCGGCUCCAGCGAGUACAAGUAUGCCGUCCUGCAGACCUGGGACAAAGUGGACCGGACCGUCAAGAAGGGGUCAAAGGGCAACCAGAGGCUGGUCGUCCAGCGGUCGGGCUGGAAGACCGUCCGUGUCUUUGUGUCGUCCACGUUCAAGGAUUUCCACGCCGAGAGAGAGAUCCUAGUCAAAGAGGUCUUUCCAGAUCUGCGUGCGUGGUGUGAAUCCCGGAGGCUGCAUCUGGUGGAGUGCGACCUUCGCUGGGGCAUCCCGAAGGACACAGAUUCUGGAGAAACUCUGCGUCUCUGUCUCGGAGAGAUUGAUCGAUGCUAUCAGGACAACAUCAUGCCGUUCUUUCUCAACCUCACAAGUGAGCGUUGCGGUUGGAUCCCCUCCUUUGACGACGUUCCAGACAGCAUCGUUGAGGAGUAUCGCUGGGUCCACGGCCUCUCGGUGACCGAAAUGGAGAUACUGCACGGAGCCUACCGCGUUGAUAAUCCUAACUCCAUUUUCAUGAUCCGCAAGUCGGAGUUCCUACAGUCUCUCCCCAGUGAGUACAGAGACGACUUCAUCGAUCCCAACCCCAUCGCCGUCCACAAACUCACCGUGCUCAAGAAGAUGCUCAAGGCAAGACUGGGUAAUCGUGUGCGUUGGUACGACUGUGAGUACGACGGCAUUGAUGAUCAUGGCAAGAUACAACUCAAGGGACUCAACAAGACCUUCUGUAAAGCGAUUUUUGAGUUUUUCAAGAAGCGCAUUGAGGAGCAGUACCCCAAGCAAGACACAGAGAUGGACCCCUACCAGCUGGCCAGAGAGGCUCACGAGUCUUUCAUGAAGAAUCGGGGCGCUCUAGUGCUGGGGAGGAACAGCGCACUGGAGAAGAUCCACGAUCACAUCACAGACGUGGGGGUGGACUAUCCAUUCGUCCUGCUGGGCGGGCCAGGCUCAGGGAAAUCAGCCGUCAUGGCUCGCGUGGCAGACAUAGCCUACAAGAUGGCCUCCCUUAACGAGAUUCCUGGUGGCGGUGAGCAUGGAUGGCACGUGUUCUUCCAUUUCGUCGGCGCCAUUCCGGGAUCCACGGAUUUAGAGAAAUGCCUGAAGCGCCUUCUCAAAGAAAUCGGCGCAAUUGAUGAAUCCACUAUGCCAAAGAACGAAGAGGCUACAUGCCAGGCUGCAUAUAGCACCCUCGCCAACCCCAAAACAAAACCACUUAUCAUCGUCAUCGAUGCACUAAACCAGUUUGACGACGAUACGUCUGCCAACAUUCUCAGCUGGCUGCCCCGUAAGCUAGCGCCCCAGGUACGCAUCGUGCUGUCCAUGAUCGGUGACACUCCGCCUCACAGGGCCUUGAAGGACCGUGGCUACCACCCCAAACAGUACCUGCUGACACCCCUAGACAUUGAGGCCCGAAAGGAAAUUGUCGCUGAGAUUCUAGGCAGGUACAACAAGCGGCUGGAUGAGGAGCAGAUGGGCAGUCUGAUCGCCAAGGAGUCUUCCCAGAAUCCUCUCUGGCUCUCCAUCGCUUGUGAGGAGCUCCGUGUCUUCGGUGUCUUCAACAAGAUCAACGAUAAGAUUAACAGCCUGUCUGAUGGGCUUCUGGAAUUGUUGGAGCAGGUCUUUGAUCGCUUUGAGGAGGAGAACGGAGGCAGUCUCCUGGUGGCUACUCUCUGCCUCCUAGAGACGUCCUCCACGGGGCUGCUGGAGACAGAACUGCUUCAGAUCCUGGGAGAUCAAGACAGCCUGAUGCCGACUGAGGAAAAAACUGAAGGAGAGAAAGAUGGCGGUGCUAGAGAGAAGGGCCUGAAGCAGAUAGCUCCCCUCCCAGCAGCCAGGUGGGCAGUGGUCUACCGCGCCCUCAAGCCCUUCCUCAGACCGUUCGGCGACAGCGGGGAGGGUCGGCUGGACUUCUACCACCGCGCUCUCAGCAAGGCCGUCAGAAGAAAGUACUUCCCCAAGAGCAACGAAGCAGGCAACUCACCCAGGCAGCUGUGGUGGCACAGGAAACUUGCCGACUACUUCUUUGAAUCGGACAACAUGGAGAGAAAAGUUGAGGAACUGCCCGUCCAUCUGAUUAAGAUCCGAGACACCGGGAGGCUCAAGGAGCUACUCUGCAACUGGCAGGCCUUUGAUUUGCUCUACGAAGAAAUCUUCAGCGAGACAUUAAUGAAGUACUGGCACGAGGGUUUUGGGGAGGGGUGGCAGAAGCUGAUGUUGCAGGGUUACGAAGAGGCUCUCCUCAAUCUGGAGAAUGAUCCAACUGUCAGUAGGGAUGUCUUGUCAAGGAGACACGAGGAGAUCACAAGAGUCAUGGUCCAUGCGGGAGCCCACCAGGACUCCUUCAAAUUCCUGAACGCGUGCCUCACCAUGGAGACGGAACUGGGAAGUCGACCGGAAAGGAUGGUGGAGCUGUACGAUCUGGCGGCAGAUAUUUACGAUGAUAAAUUGAAGUUAUACCAGUGGAUUGAGAGGUGGCAGAUUACGGAGUUGCGUCACUUAAUCGACUUCGCCAGAAAGUCUAUCGCCAUCCGGGAAACCAUGCCAGGCAACGUCAACAAGUUCAAGCUCGGCAGGACUCUGACCCAGCUUGCCUUCAAUCUGGAAGCCUGGAUGGAGACCGGGGCUGACAAUAACCUGUCUGGAGAAGAGGCCCUGGAGGAAGGCAAGGUCCACAUUGAACACGCCAUCCAAAUCUUUAAAGAUCUGGGCAAUGAUGGGUACCUAGCAGACGCCAUCAUGACAAAGGGAAUCCUGCUGCCUCGGGGAGGUGACGAACAACUUGAUGUGUGCAUGGAAGCCUUAGAUAUGUGCCUUCAGGCCUACGGGGAGAACAGCGUGCUGAGCUCGCGUCUGUUCCUGAACAUUGGCAUCUUCCAUGAGGACAACCGGCAAUACCGCACAGCGUGUGAAUGGUUUAUACGCUGGCACAAAUGCACUGAAGAGGUGUUUGGCUACCAUCAUCCUAAGACAGAGCGAGCCAGGAAGACCCUAGAGCGGCCCGUGUACAGGCGCAUCAAGCAGCAGAUUGAGGAGGAACAGCAGCUGGCCGAAGCCGAGAACAAUGAAGCUGAGAACAAUGAAGCUGAGGACAAUGAAGUAGACGAUGUGCUGAAUAGGAUGAGAAAUGCUGAGCUGAUCUGAUCCAUUUUGAACUGGAUAGAUCCGGCCAGCUUGAACCGGAUUGAUUCAGCUUGACCUGGACUGAUCCAAUUUGAAUUUAAUUGAUCCAGUUUGGAAUUAAAUGACCCAGAGUGAGGAAGGAUGAUGUAGUUUGAUCCAGUUUGAACUGAAUUGAUCCAAUUGGAACUUUUCUGACCCAGUUUGGAACUGAAUGAUCCAGAGUGAACUUGAAUAAAGUACUUUGA